AUGGCAGCCAUCGCCUCACAAGUACUUCCUACCACAACGAAGCGAGACUUCACCUCGUUCUGCGACGAGUGCAACUCUGCUCCCCGCAUAAACCAACUUCUCAACUGGUUCGAAUCCACAGCCCGGGGUCAGACCGGGCGGACAAUCAAGAACCCAGAAGUCGACAAAAGAUUGUUCGACAAAGCAUUGCUGGAGCAAAAUGGCGAGCGUUUCGCUCAGUUCCUGGAGGUCUUUAAUACCAUUAAGCAAUCUUCGCUUUUCGUAAACCACUAUUAUGCCAGUAUUCCCUAUCGGAUUGAGGAAAACUGCCGGCUGGGAAAUGCAGUUAUUCACUACAGCCAGCAAGUGCCUAGCCGUCCACUUCUGUAUCGCUCUGUCGGUACCGGUGACAGUAGCAUGGCACGCUCUGUCGCCGAAUUUUCUGAAGGGAGCGUGGAAGCCCUCUGCUGCAGCCCUAAUGAGAUGAGCGCACUCAAUUUUGCGAUUAACGGAGAUCCGCCCACGCCACCUUCUUCCAUGGGCCUUUCCACCUUUGCUUCCGGAUUCGACAUCAUCGUCGAAGAUACGACGUUUCAGAUGUACUCGCCAAAUCGCGACGAACAAGUUGGGUUUGUCGUCCAGUCUCUGAAGGAGGACGGUAUUUUCGUUUUCGUUGAGAAGUUCCGACAUGCAGACAUAGACGAAUAUGAGAGACGUGAGUUACAGAAGGAUUACGGAUUCAAAGCGCGGUACUUCAGUAGUAGUGAGGUCGCCGCGAAAGGAAAGGACGUCCUUGUUACUAUGAGUCAAAACCAGGUCACUCUUGACGAUAUGGCGGCUAUCCUCCAGGGAUACUUCCAGCAUUGCUCGAUUACUUUGAACAGCGGCAACUUCUACACUCUCGUGGCUAGCAACAAUCCGUCCCUGGAGAUGAACAACCCAGUAGCCGAAAAUGUGCUCGGCACUCUGGGCGCGGUUUGCUGGUCGAUCCAGCUUCUCCCUCAGAUUAUCAUCAAUUACAGGAGACAUGAUACCGAAGGCCUCCAAGGAUCCAUGAUGCUAUUAUGGGCCUCGGCGGGGGUUCCACUGGGCGUGUACAACAUUGUUGAAGAAUUUAAUAUUGCGCUUCGGGUUCAGCCUCAGAUAUUAACUACUUUGAGUUUGAUUACCUGGGCUCAGUGUUUGUAUUAUGGGAAGAAAUACUCGAUCGUGAAAUGCAGUGCUGCGGUUACUUCCCUGCUUCUGAUACUAGGUGGUAUUGAAGUAGGGCUUGUUUUUGCUUUGCGCGCUGCAAAGGAUCAGGGGCUUGAGUGGCCUCUUAUUCUUAUGGCCGUUUUGAGUGCUUGUCUGCUUGCCGCCGGUGUUCUAAGGCAUUAUUGGGAUAUCUAUGUUCACCGGACUGUUCGGGGGAUUAGCUUUAUCUUUGUUGGGAUUGAUGCUGCUGGGGAUUUGUUCUCCCUGGUCUCUGUUUUCUAUUGA